AUGCUUCGCACCACCUUUGCCAAGACGGCUGCUUUCCGUCCCCUCCGUGCCGCCGCUUUCAGCACCACCACCCGAGCCAUGGCUGCUGGCGACACUGGCGCUCCUCCCGCCACUGGUGGCCAAGGUGACGCUUUCCAGCGCCGCGAGAAGGCCUCCGAGGACUACGCCAUCCGUCAGCGUGAGAAGGAGAAGCUCCUUGAGCUAAAGAAGAAGCUUGCCGAGCAGCAAGAGCACCUUAACCGCCUCUCUCAGCACAUUGACGAGAUCACCAAGGAGAAAUAA